AAGAGCAUGAUCAAACUAGUCUUAUAGAUCUACUUACUGAUUAUCACCAUGAACUCUCUAAGGGUUUCAAUUCUAAUCAUCUCUGCUAUACUUCCUCUUUUGCUGGCACCAGCUUCAGAGGCUGCUAUUUCAUGCAGUGAUGUGCUCAAGGACCUGAGACCUUGUGUCAAAUACCUAACAAAUGGAAGUGGGGCACCACCUGCAGCUUGCUGUGCAGGAGCCUCAGCACUUGCAUCUGCCGCAACAACCACCGCUGAUAAGAGGGCUGCUUGCGCCUGCAUCAAAACAGCAGCACAGAAAAUAAAUCCAAAUGCUCAAUUAGCCCAAUCUCUUCCAGCCAACUGCGGGAUCAGCUUCCCUUACACUGUUUCACCCAACGUGGAUUGCUCCAAGAUUAGUUAAAAUCGAAGUGGUCUGUCGAUUCUCUUGUCUGUAUUACUUGGUAUGUUUCUGGGAAUGCUAAGAGAGAGUGACUCUACUUGAUUUAUAUGUUUAUAUUGGAAAGCUUAUUAUCCUGUCAUAUAAUAAGCUGGAAUGUCUACUAGCUAUUAUAUCUCCAAUAAAUAAAAGCUUUUUUGAAGUGUGAUUCUCUUUUUAA